GUCACACAAGAAAGGAAGUGGUCCUGGUGCACGCUGGCUGAUAUCAGUAAUAUAAGAUUGUCAGCUCUCGUUUAUUCUUCAGUUUCUACAGUUGGGUCACGAGCGAGUGCUGCAGUUGCAGAUAUCUCAUAAGAAGGAACAGCCCAGAGCAAGAUGCAGAACUAUAUUUUAUAUGAAGAGAUUGGAAAAAGAAGCAAAUCUGUUAUUUACAAGGGAAGAAAAAAAGGCACGCUCAGUUUUGUUGCCAUACUUUGUAUAGAGAAAAGUAAAAGACCGGAAAUAACAAAUUGGGUUCGUUUGACACACAAUAUUAGACACAAGAAUGUGGUUAAUUUCUAUGAGUGGUAUGAGACGAGCAACAGUCUUUGGCUGGUUAUGGAGCUGUGCACAGGGGGUUCACUUGAAACAAUUGUUUCUCAAGAUGAACAAGAGCCAGAAGAAACUGUGAGAAAAUUUGGCAUUGAUAUAGUGUCCGGCUUGCAUCAUAUUCAUGAACUUGGAAUUCUCUUUUGUGACCUUACACCUCGAAAGAUUCUUCUGGAUGCAUCAGGCACUAUAAAAAUUACAAAUUUUAGUUACUCAAAAGCAGAAGGGGAAAACUUAGAAGAAUUUUUUGCAAUGAUAAGAUCAGAAGAGAAUUCGGGUGAAACAGGUGAAUCCACACCUAGAAGAAACAUGAGAAAUCAAAUCAAAGGCUCACCAGUAUAUGCUGCUCCAGAAGUUAUUAAGGGAGCUGAUUUUACCAUUGCUAGUGAUUUGUGGUCAUUGGGUUGUGUCUUAUGUGAAAUGUUUUCAGGUCAGCCCCCAUUCUUCUCAGAAAGCUUUUCAGAACUGGUGGAACAAAUUGUAAAUAAAGAUUACUUGCCUCUAAAAGGACUUAAAUCUACCAAAGCAUCCUCAGAGUUUCUUUCUUUGCUAGAUGGCUUGCUUCAGAAAGACCCAAUGAAAAGGAUUACGUGGCCUGAGCUCUUAAAACAUCCUUUCUGGAAAGAUGCAUUUGUUGGAGAGGACAGUACAAUUCCUAUUUCUAACAACUCGAGGACAAAUCAGAAGGUUCCCCCAAAUAAUGAUUGCAAAGAAGAGUUUGAGGACAGUCUGCUUGUUACUACGGAGACCACUGCAAGUCAGCACAGGGCUUUUAAACUUGAAAUUCCAGCAGACCUGAGGCCUAAGAGUGCGCUUGAUGGAAAAUCAAAUGAGGACAUCUUUCUACUUAGUUCCUGCACAACCCCAAGAUCUCUUCAUCCAUUGGUUACCCCAAAAAAUGAUGCUGCGGCUAAAGACUCUUCACCAAAACCGGCAGAAGUUCUUAAGAUUGAAGAUGUAUGCGCCAGUCAGGAGGAUCUGAAUAGUAAAAUAAAAGGCCUCAUAUUUACUGAUGCAGAUCUGGUUGUAACGCCCAUCAUAGAUAAUCCAAAGAUUUCCAAGCCAUUACCAGUAAAAUUUGAUGCAAAAACAUUAGGUGUUCCAGCACACUCAGCUGAGAAACUAACAUCUCUGAAGGACCAGGACUGGAACAACCUCCUAGCGCAGAUAUGCUCUGUGCUUGACUCGGAGAAAGCAACGUCACAGGCUAAGCACAAUUUGCUCUGUUACUUGUGCACUGUGGCCAGCCACAAAGAAAUUGCUACCAGACUAAUCAACUCUCAGCUUUUCCCAUUGCUGAUACAUCAGUUAAGGGUAGUGUCAAAGUUGGAUGUACGUGAUAAAGUGGGGAAAGUCAUUGGCCUUCUAGCAGCCCACACAACAAACCUCAAGGAAAGUGUCCCUGUUACAGAGGCUAUCACCGUGCUGACUGAGCUGAUAAAAGAGAAUUCCAGGAACAGCAAGUUAAAGCAAUGUCAUUUGCCAUCUCUUGGAGAACUCAUUUAUGCUAUUGCUAUUCAAGAUGAAAGAAAAGAAGAAUCCAUAGAAUGCUGGACCGUUCCCUCAGCUGCUUACAGUAUUCUAAUGAGGUGUCUUUGGAAAAGGGAAGAACCUGUCAUUCAUCAUAUAACGGCAAAGAUUAUUGAGAAUGUUUGCACAACGGUUACCACUCACGUACAAGGCUUCAUAUCAGGAGAGGUUGGAUUAGACCUGUGGCAUAUUUUCUCCAGUUAUACUGUUGACGCUCUCAGAAUAACCGCUAUCUCGGCAUUAUGUAGGAUCUCCCGCCAUUCCCCUUCUGUCAUCCAUAGUGUCCUUGAGAAAGUUGGAUUUACUUCAGUGAUAAAUUCCUUGGUGACAGGAAUAACUAAAGUUCAGCAGUACAUGCUCACCAUACUUUCUUCUAUGUUGUUGUCAGGAAUCCGUGUUGAAAGACUUACACAGCAAAAGGAAUUUGUUACCAGGAUAAUACAUCUUUUGGAAAGCCCCUCUACAAUAAUUCGAGCCAAAGCUUUUCUGGUUCUCUUGCAAGUUUUAAUCAACAACAAAGAUAUGCUACUGCUGUGCUGCCAAACAAGGCUGGUAAUGUACAUUGAAAGAGACAGCCGAAAAAAUGCAACAGGAAAGGAACAGCAAAGCGUCAACAAAUACCUGUCAGCAUGCCUGGAGCUUCUCAUCCAUCACAUAGUGCACGAGCUUCCAGGCAUCUUCGAGGAUAUUCUCAAUGCUUUAUCAGAUGUGUCAGGGCGUAAGCAUCCAUCAAUUGCUCAGGCUAAACAGUUAAAGAUGUGCCUUCCCAAUAUGGCGAGUGUGCUCCAUCUGGUAACAUCUCAGGUUUUUCGACCUCAGGUCAUAACAGAAGAGUUUCUUUACAGCUGUGGAACCUUGCUAAAUCAUAUUAAAUCUGUAGAUGCUGGUGAAACUAAUUUGGAAAGAGCCGUCGGUCAAGCUGCAUCAAAUGAACUGAUCAGGACAGCUCUAUCAACGUUGGAAGCAGUAACCCAACAUCCAGUCUUGUUGACACUUCACCGCUCCCCAGUUGUGGAUUGCAUCCUCCCACCUUUAGUCUCCCUGGUAUGCAGCCAGAAUGUGGAAUGGAGGCUUUUCAGCUUGCGGCUUCUGGCAGAAACCACAUCACUGCUUGUCAACCACGAAGCCAUGGCAGAGGGGAGAGAGAAAAGGCUUAGCACAUUCCUGUCUCUGGUCACACAUUCAUUGCUCCCAGUGUAUGAUCAAUUCCUUCUGCAACCAGAUCCUAUACCAGUAUAUGCUUUAAAACUCUUGGUGCCGCUGACAGAAUAUAGUCCUGCAUUUAUAAGGGCAAUUGAAGAAAACAAUCUAGUUCCAGUUUUGUUCCAGGUGAUUAUGGCACAUCAAGACAAUGUGUUGGGAAAUGUCAUCCAGAACGCGAUUUCAUUGUUGUGCAACCUAGUAUCUAACAAAGAUACUAAAUUGAAUCUUCUCUAUGAGCAAGGUCUGGUACACCAUGUCACAAACAUGAUAAUAGAAACAGCCGCCUUGUACCUUGAAGUAGAGGACAAAAGCAGAGUAAAGAUUGCUAACGCACAACUAAUUAUGUUACUCGAUAUACUGCACUAUAUGCUGAAAUACACAUCAGGUGUAAUACGACUGGUAUUGCAGAGUCAAAAGUCAGGACAAGGAGGAGACACUCAUGUUGCUGAGGACCUACUGGUUACCAAUAAACCUCUAACUGACCUAACUAGCCUGCUAAUUCAACUGUUGCAUUCUGAGGAUCCAGAAAUAUAUGAAAAUUCAUCACACUGCUUGUCUAUAAUGGUCCAGCUUUAUGGUGGUGAAAACCAAGAUAGCAUGUCCCAAGACAACAUGAAAAGCUUUUCUCAACUGCUGUUGGUUAAGAGGGAACCAAAACAACAAAAAAUCUUGCUGAGCAUCAUUAAAAGACUGAUAACAUCAAAUCAGAAACAUUUAGAGAAUAUUAAGAAUGAUGGUGGUGAUCUCAUACAGACUAUUGAGAGGCUGGCGCAGGAUCCCAGCUUGAAAGCUGCCGUGGUAUCUCUAGCGCAUGAAAUUCUCAACACAGUUCAACAUUCAAAAGCACCUUAAAAAACCAUUGCCGUUCUUCUGCCAAACUUAUUCUUGCAACAAAAUGUGUAUUUCUUAUAAAAUAUGCUAAAUGUUUUCUUGUUAAUAGUUGUAAAAUUCCUAUAGAUGAAUUGUUCUAAAUAAAACCUCAGUUGAUAACAUUUUAUACACGUUUUUCAAAAAUAAAUGGACAACCAAAGUGCAA